AUGGGAUGGGAUGUUAAAAUAAAAUAAAACAAAAUUUGUAAAUGUCUCUUUCAAUCUGUCUCCCUCUUUUUCUUUUUAAGACUUCUCUCUUGGCUUUGGCUUUCUCUUUUUAUUUGUUAUUAGUCCUCUCUUUCACAUACCCUUUCUUUAUUUCUUGUUCUUUCCCCCAAUUUUACAGGUUUUAAACUUUAAAUGCCAUCAACUCACUCACUCACUCACUUACUCACCUUCUCUCUAUAUUUAAUUAAAAGCAUAAUCAUUUCCAAGCACUUGCAUUUAUUGCUUUUAAGCUCAACAAACAAAUAUUUCUAUUUCUUUUUUUUUUUUUAAUUUUUUUUUAUUUUGUAGUACUGUAGUAGACUGGUACAUGUUUUCACUGUCACUCAAAACUGCAGUUGCUGCAUCUGUUGUUUGUUAAUCCAGACAUACAUUCGCUCCGCUGUUUCUAGGGUUUUCUGGGUCCUACUGGGUUUAGGGUUCCAUGAUAAUUUUCUGGAAAUUUUACAUUUUUAAGCUUCUUUCAUUACAUGGGUCUUUAAGGGUUUACUUUGAUUCUUAGGGAUUUGGGGUUUUUUGUUCUGGGAUCUUGCUCGAUUUUCUGGGUUUUGAUGUGGAGUGGGGUUGAUUGAGUUUCAAUUUGGGUGAAUUGGAUCAUUUUAUUGCUGCCCUUUAAACAUGCAUUUCGGAAAGCUUGAUGAUUCUCCUAUGUUCCGUCAGCAGCUGCAGAGCUUGGAGGAGAGUGCUGAAUCAUUAAGGGAAAGAUGCCAAAAAUUCUACAAAGGAUGUCGAAAAUACACUGAAGGACUUGGUGAGGCUUAUGAUGGUGACAUUGCUUUUGCCAGUGCUUUAGAAACAUUUGGAGGAGGGCACAAUGAUCCAAUAAGUGUAGCUUUUGGUGGUCCUGUUAUGACAAAAUUUACAAUUGCAUUAAGAGAGAUUGGGACUUACAAGGAAGUACUUCGUUCUCAGGCUGAGCACAUGCUUAAUGACCGGCUGUUACAAUUUGUCAAUAUUGAUUUGCAUGACGUAAAGGAAGCGCGUAAACGUUUUGACAAGGCAAGUCUUGUGUAUGAUCAGGCUCGUGAAAAGUUCUUGUCACUUAGAAAAGGAACAAAAGGUGAUGUUGCUACAACCUUGGAGGAGGAGCUGCAUCAGGCAAGAUCUACAUUUGAGCAAGCUCGCUUUAAUCUGGUGACUACUCUUUCCAACAUUGAAGCAAAAAAGAGAUUUGAGUUCCUUGAAGCAGUUAGUGGGACCAUGGAUGCACAUCUGCGUUACUUCAAGCAGGGUUAUGAACUGUUGCAUCAGAUGGAGCCGUAUAUUAAUCAGGUCUUGACAUAUGCUCAGCAAUCAAGAGAAAGGUCCAAUUAUGAGCAGGCAGCUCUUAAUGAAAGGAUGCAAGAGUACAAAAGACAAAUUGAUCGAGAGAGUAGGUGGUGCUCUAACGGAUCUAAUGGCUCUCCAAACGGUGAUGGUAUACAAGCUAUUGGUAGAAGUUCACAUAAAACAAUAGACGCAGUUAUGCAAUCUGCCGCAAAGGGAAAGGUUCAGACCAUAAGACAGGGUUAUCUCUCAAAACGUUCAUCUAACUUGAGAGGUGACUGGAAGAGAAGAUUUUUUGUCCUUGAUAGUCGAGGAAUGCUUUACUACUACAGGAAAGAGUGCAGCAAACCAUCUAGUUCUGGGCCUCGUAGUUCUGGUCAGAGGAAUAGCUCUGAACUUGGGUCUGGAUUGCUAAGUCGUUGGCUUUCUUCACAUUAUCAUGGUGGAGUGCACGAUGAAAAAUCUGUUGCUCAUCAUACGGUCAAUCUGCUAACUGCAACAAUUAAAGUUGAUGCUGAUCAGUCAGAUCUACGGUUUUGCUUUAGGAUUAUCUCACCAACAAAGAACUACACCUUACAGGCAGAAAGUGCAUCGGAUCAAAUGGAUUGGAUUGAGAAAAUAACAGGAGUCAUUGCUUCAUUGCUAAGUUCUCAAACCCCUGAAAGGUGCAUGUCUGCUAAUCAUAUGGGAAGUCUUCAUCGAUCUGCUAGUGAGAGUAGCUCCAUCGAAAGUUCUGAUUUUGAUCAUGCUGCAAAUGAAGAGAACACAUCUGAGAGGUGCCUCACAUCUGUGCAUCAUGACCGCCCAUUGAGAAGUUCACUGCAACAACGAUCAUUCAUGAAGUCUGAAAGGCCAAUUGAACUGCUGAGGAAGGUUGGUGGGAAUGACAAGUGUGCCGAUUGUGGUGCCCCGGAACCUGAUUGGGCUUCCUUAAAUCUGGGAUUACUUGUCUGCAUUGAAUGUUCAGGUGUUCAUCGGAACCUUGGUGUCCACAUAUCAAAGGUGAGAUCACUUACACUCGAUGUUAAAGUGUGGGAGCCCUCAGUCAUAUCAUUAUUUCAGUCUCUGGGAAAUUCCUUUGCUAAUUCUGUAUGGGAAGAACUUUUGCGGUCAAAGGGUGCUUUCCAUGUUGAUCUUUCAUCUGCAAGUUCAUUGAAGGCUGAUAAGUCACAGCAGCUUUUCAUCAGCAAACCUAGUGCUGCUGAUUCAAUAGCAAUAAAGGAAAAGUUCAUUCAUGCAAAGUAUGCUGAUAAGCUUUUUGUUCGGAAGCCAAAGGACACACAACAUCUUCGACUAUUGGCACAACAAAUCUGGGAAGGUGUGCGUAAUAAUGACAAAAAAGCGGUAUAUAGAUAUAUUGUGAACUUUGAAGCAGACGUUAAUGCGGUGUAUGAUUUGACAUCCGCAAGCUCUUCUUUAACCCUUGCAAAGGUAAUGCGGUUGCCAGAGCCGACAAGCCAUGGACCCAACAUUAGUCAGUGGGCUGGGGACUUGUCAUGCAAAUCCUCUGAGAGCUCAUCUAAUGUAUCUGCUGAAAAUGAGGUACUGAGUAUGGAGGAUCUAGAUGGAUGCUCCUUGCUCCACCUUGCUUGCGAAUAUGCUGACAUAGGCAUGUUGGAGCUCCUUCUGCAGUAUGGCGCAAAUGUAAAUGCAUCUGACUCUAGAGGUCAGACACCACUUCAUCGAUGUGUUCUGAAAAGGAAGGCAGUAGCCGCAAGAUUGCUUCUCACAAGGGGUGCAGAUCCGCAGGCUGUGGAUGGAGAAAAUAGAACCCCAUUUGAUACUGCCAAGGAGUCAAAUUUCGAUGAUCCCGAGGUACUUUCCUUGUUGUCUGACUCAAGAGGAUAGAAGUCUCACGAAAAGAGUUUUGGUUUUUUGGAGGACAGAAAAGGAGGGGGGGGGGGGGAGGUUGUACUAUAUUUUUGGAGCUGGUGUUGCUGUAUUUAAGAAUAGGUUGUGUAGAGUUGUAUUUUCUUUUUCUUUUGUAUAUUUUCAUGUUGUUCCUAACUGGAGAAUGUUAGAAGCAGUUUGAGUGCAUAUCAAGUGCUGGGGGAUCUCAAAAUAUAUUGUGCUCGUCCUAAAUCUUUUGAAAGCACUUGGAUUUAGGUGGUUGUGUGUACAAAUUUUUUAUCCCUCUUUUCUUGUAUUGAGGGGAUCAAUUCUUUUCUAGAGUUGUAGUUUAGCUGGUUGUUGUCCUACCAUGUAUCUAGUUUGAGAAUUUUAUUUUAAAAAGAAAAACUCAGUAAAUGAAAAGUGAGCAUUUUGCAGUAUCA